UACAAAUGACUCAUUGAGUGAUGGUUCUUCCUCGAAGGAGGCUUCCCUUUGCUUGCACUCAGAGCUUCUAAAAGAAGAAAUCUUGAUUUAAACUUUUUCUCUUUCUAGAUAUGCAACUAACUAAUAAUAUAACUUCACAACAGGACCAACAACAACAACAACAUCACCGACCCCCAUCACUUUAUUCUCUACUACCCUUUCUUCACUCUUGAAAAUCUUCUCAUCCCAUCCCAGAUAUGGAUCCUUUAGCUCUAGAUUGUAUCAUCACCCGAUUGCUCCAAGUGAGGGGUAAACCAGGGAAGCAAGUCCAGCUUUCUGAGUCCGAGAUCAAGCAUCUCUGUUUGAAGUCCAGAGAAAUCUUCUUGCAGCAGCCCAAUCUAUUAGAGCUCGACGCACCGAUCAAGAUCUGCGGGGAUCUACAUGGUCAAUAUUCUGAUCUUCUAAGGCUAUUUGAGUAUGGUGGAUUACCUCCUAAAUCAAAUUACUUAUUCUUGGGAGAUUAUGUUGACAGAGGAAAGCAAAGUCUAGAAACUAUAUGUCUUCUGCUUGCAUACAAAAUCAAAUACCCAUUGAAUUUUUUCCUUUUGAGGGGUAACCAUGAAUGUGCUUCUGUUAACCGUAUAUAUGGGUUUUAUGACGAGUGUAAACGUAGAUUUAAUUUGAGAUUGUGGAAGAUCUUCUGUGAUUGUUUUAACUGUCUUCCUGUUGCUGCUCUAAUUGAUGAGAAGAUACUCUGUAUGCACGGGGGACUUUCUCCUGACCUUCAUAGUUUGGAUCAAAUAAGAAACUUGCAGCGUCCAACUGAUGUCCCUGAGACUGGUUUACUAUGUGAUCUUUUAUGGUCAGAUCCUAGCAAAGAUGUUAAAGGAUGGGGUAUGAACGAUAGGGGAGUUUCCUUUACAUUUGGCCCUGAUAAGGUCACUGAGUUUCUUCAGAAGUUUGAUCUUGACCUUAUUUGUCGCGCCCAUCAGGUGGUGGAAGAUGGAUAUGAGUUCUUUGCGGAUAGGCAGCUUGUGACUAUAUUUUCAGCACCAAACUAUUGUGGGGAGUUUGACAAUGCUGGGGCUAUGAUGAGUGUGGACGAGACUCUUAUGUGUUCUUUCCAAAUACUAAAGCCAGCUGAAAAUAGAACCAAGUAUGUGUAUGGAAGCACAAUAACUUCAAAGUCGGGAACAGUUUCUGCAAUCUCCAAGGUUCUUGGUGGGAAGGUAUGAUGAUGACUUGGUGACAAGAGAACAGAUGAUGGGGCAAGGGAGAAAAUUAUCAUUUGGUUUAGGAUUUAAAAUAAGGUUUUAUGCAAAAUAUUCCUUCCUAAUUUGAUUGUAAAAGGUUUUAAGGUUUAUUCUCUUGCUCGGUACUCCUUUUGUGUUGUUUUUGUAUAUUCCCAAGUAGAUUUGGUCUAUGGAAAAUGACUAAAAGAAAGAAUAAGAAACAACAGAGUACUUGUAAAUUUUGAGUGCUUAUCAGUUCUCCUCAUUUUGGAAGCCAUGGCCAAUCUGCAACUUUCUUAAUUCAUAUUUCAUUGCUUGCUUCUUUUCUU